AUCAGCUGUUCAGUGUGCCGUCAGGGCUUGUGGGGUGAGGGUUAUAUGCGCCACGUCAUCCAAUGCGCAUAUGUGUUUAAUCCCCAUACACCCAGACGUGAGGAAGUGCCCGUGAGUUAUGAGUAAAUUCAGAGGUACGAAAACCUUGGGAAUUUAGAAACACUGCGGUACCGAAGGAAUACACCUGUAUUUCAAGACACGAAGGUGACCCGUGCUCCUUUGUUGACGGUCGUCCAGAGAAAAGAGAACCAGCACUCAGGCAAUGGUGCUGAGUGUACGCCUGUGAGAGCCGCCCCGCCCACGCCCACACCUGCACGCAGGGAGCAGUGAUGGCUGGUGGGUAGCAGCCUCCCGCCCAACCACCCUUAUCUUGACCCCCUCACCCUUCACACCCUAAGCCCUUACCAACCCCUCCUCCCUCCUCCCUCCUCCCACCUCCCUCCUCCCCACCCCAUCUGACUCAUCCCCGCCACACCUCCACCACCAACACUACUACAACCUCCGCCCCUCCUCUGCUCUCCCCAACACCCCUCCGCCGCCGCCACCACCACUACCGCCACUACCACCACCACCGCCGCUGUCAUGGCCUCCGGCAGAACUCCUGGCAUGGAGCAGGGCGACGCCUACCACCGCUCAGGCCUCUACAGCCACCACCACCACCACCACCACCUGCCCCAACAUCAUCACCACCACCUCCACCACCAGCACCUCGAGUUGGCGCCGAGACUCAGCACUAACAGCACCGCCUCCUGUUCCUCCACCACCACCACCAGCGUGCCGUCAGGCCCCCGCACAGCACGUAACAACAGCUCGUGCAGCACCACUAGUAACAGCGGGUGUGGCGGGGGAGGCGGGGUUGGCAUCGGUGGCUGUGGCAGGGCGAGGCACAGCAGCAGCAAUAGUCUCCGCGGCGGGUCCAGCAUCACGCGGAACAACAGCACCGCCAGUAACAGCAGCAGCACCCACAGCCUGUCCGGGAUCGUCGGGAUUGGAGAGACGGAGGCCUUAGCGGAAGCUCUGGCCGAGGAGGAGCCCCUGGAAAGCGAGCACUCCCUCAUGGAAGCCUCCACUGCCACCACCUCCACUGUUGACUCCACGGCGGAGUUAGUGAACAGUUCCCACGCCAUGACCCUCAGCACGGCGUCCACCACCACCGCCGCCACCACCACCACAACCACGGCCCUCCACGCGCCCCCCACCCUCACCAGCCCCACCUCCCCCUCCACUCCGUCCACCGGCGCCCCGCAGGUGGACUCCAAUGACUGCGGUCUCUUCUCCUUCAGGCCGGGAUUCCUGCAGAGGCUAGCAAACAUCAAGAUCUUUGUGUUCCUGCUGUCAGUGCUAGUGACGGUGCAGCAAGCCCUUGCCUCAGGAUAUCUCAACUCUGUCAUCACCACCAUUGAGAAGCGCUAUGAGAUUCCUUCCUCCCUUACUGGUGUCAUCUCCUCCAUGUAUGAGAUUGGCAAUGUCAUCACUGUGAUCUUUGUCUCCUAUCUGGGAUCCAAGAGGCGAAUACCUGUGUGGAUAGGAGUAGGGUGCUGUGUGAUGGGCAUUGGCUCCAUGAUGUUUGUGAUGCCUCAGCUCAUCUCUGAUCGCUGGUCCAUUGAGCUGGAGACCAUCAACAACACCGACUCCAGCACCAACAUUUGCCGCAAUGCUCGGGUGCGCGAUGACACCUCAGAGCGGCUCACUGAGUAUGGCUUUGGAACUCUGCCUGACCUCUCGAAGGGCGUUCCGCUUGGGUCGCACAACAGCAUCCAAUAUGGGAAGCCAGACAACUGCAUUAAGGGUUCUCGCAGCAAUGUGAUGCCCGUGAUGUUCUUCAUGGUGGCUCAGUUGCUGCUUGGUGCUGGUGGUUCCCCACUUUUCACCCUUGGCACCACCUACAUUGAUGACCAUGUGAAGAGAGAGAGCUCCUCCAUGUACAUAGGUAUUAUUUACACCAUGGUUGCCUUUGGACCUGUGUUGGGCUUCCUGUUGGGAGCGUACCUCAUCUCAUACUAUGUGGAUGCCCUUUUUGUGGACACAUCAAUAAUGCAAGCAGAUCACAAACACCCACGCUGGAUUGGGAUGUGGUGGGGUGGCUUCCUCCUGUGUGGACUCCUACUUAUCUUCAUAUCCAUACCCUUCUUCAUGUUCCCAAAGACUCUGAAGAAAGAAAAAGAGAAGAUGAGGAUAGAAGAAAAAACCAAGGAGUUCCACAAGGGACACCGCCGCACCAAGUCACAGACCUCCACGUGCUCCCGCCACUCCACUCUCUCCACCAAGCGAGUGUAUGGCAAAGAUGUGCGAGACAUUCCUCUGUCGAUGCUGAAGCUGCUGGUGAACCCCAUUUAUGUCAUGACCUGUCUGGGCGCCUGCAUGGAGCUCAUGAUUGUCUCCGGUUUCAUUGUGUUCCUGCCCAAGUAUCUCGAGACUCAGUUCUUCCUCUCCAACGUCCAGGCAUCCAUCUUCACCGGUGGCAUAGCCAUUCCUGGUGCUUGCAUUGGUAUCUUCCUUGGAGGUUAUCUGCUGAAGCGCUUCAGCUUGCGUCCCAAGGGUGCCAUACAGAUGGUGAUGGUCUUCAACCUUAUUGGGCUCAGCUUUUAUGGGCUCCUCUUUGUGCUGGGCUGUGACAAUGUGAAGAUGGCUGGCACCACCUCUCCAUACUUCAACACGUCAAUGGCCCACUCAAUGUCCAACGGUGCUGGUCGACUGGAUGGUGGUGGCUCCUUCCAGGUGAACCUAACAGCUUGGUGCAACACUGGCUGCUCCUGCUCCUCAUCUCUGGUAGAGCCUGUCUGUGGCAACAAUGGACUCACCUACUUUUCCCCGUGCCACGCUGGGUGCUCCUCUUACUCUCCAAAGUCAAAAUUCUCAAACUGUACUUGCAUACUUGGAGAAGGAAAUCAGUCUUCCCCAUUCCCAUCAACUUCAUCUUCCCCAAUUACUGCGAGUGGAUUCUCAGAAGUGACGGUGGUUCCUGUAGCGACAGCCGGGCCGUGUUACAUCCCCUGUAACACUAUCAUGCCCUUCAUGAUCCUCCUGUUCUUCAUGUGCACAGUUGUUGCCAUCAGCCAAAUGCCACUCCUUAUGAUUGUGUUAAGAUCUGUGGAUGAAGAAGAGAGGUCCUUUGCCCUUGGAGUGCAGUUUGUCAUCUUCAGACUGAUUGCCUACAUCCCGGCACCCAUCAUGUUUGGCUCGGUGAUUGACUCGACUUGUCUCCUGUGGAAGAGUUCUUGUGGAGAAAAAGGAGGGAGGUGCCUCAUAUAUGACAUUGAGGCAUUCAGAUUUAGAUAUGUUGGAAUCUGUACUGCCAUCAAGAUCAUCUCAGCUGCCAUAUUUGUGUUUGAUUGGCUCCUGAUCCGCUGGAAGUACAAGCUGGACAUGGAAGGAACCAUGACGGUUGGUGACAUAGUGAACUCCCUCAUGUCGGUGGACAAGGAUGAGGAUGAACCGCUGGAUGACCUGGAGGAGAGCGUGUGGCUGCCCAGCCUUCAGGGAACCCAACAAGCUUCCUCAGGUGUCACCUCUCAGUCUACCUCAGCUCCCACCACUGCCUCCACCACUGCUGCUGCUGCCGCCCACCACCACUACCACCACCGCCGCAAUGGUUCUCUCAUCAGCCGGCCACAGAUACCCACCCAUAGCUCAGGCCACAAGAGGUCUCAGUCAGGGUCAUACAUCCCCUCACGACCAUGGGCAGGUCUCUAUCAGCACCGAAGGUCCCACUCCAGCUCAGGAUACCAGCACAUCCCAGCACCGCCCGGCCCAGCACCCCAAGGCAUCCUCACCACCCAGCCCGGCCACCAGCGCCGGGCCAGCUCAGGUCAGCAGGUCACCUUCCGAGGACUGGCUGAAGACCCCAGCGACCUGACGGGAGUGAGGGUUGUGGUCCAGGGCAAUGUAGGUCUUGCUGAUGAAGAGGAUAUGGCCAUCAAAGUUUAAAAAGAAUAUAUAUUAGAUUCUCUAUUUACACUUGUAUUUAAUUGUGUAUUGUUUUGAAUUCGUGUUUGAGAAGAAUUAUUUUAUUCUGCUGAACUUAUUUUGUAUACUUAUGUAUAUAUUGCCUACACUGGUUAACAGACAGCGUAUUUAUUGAUAUGGUAAGCACUUGAAGCAAACUUUUUCUCAUGUUACUUGUUACUCCAAACUUUCAUGAGCUCCAUUUGACUGAUGUGGAGACCAUAGCCUAGAUCCAUAUCUUUAGCUCUUAAAUGCUUCCAUGCAGCCUAGUGGGGAUUUCCCAGGGUUAUGUUUUCCUGAUCUCAGCCUUGUGAGCUUAUUCCCCUCUUGAAGAUCACAACAACAGAAAACCUCGGGUAAGCACUAGUUUAUUACUGGCUUACUGUUCAUGUGCAUAGUACUUCACUUAUGCAGACUUCAAUUAACUGUUGUUUGCUUCCUUUAUUAAACAUAUAUUUGCCAAUAUUUGAGAUACAAUGUAACAUGAAAGGACAAUAAUUGUAUGUAAUUGCAGUAUAGGAGUUGUAAAUCUAAACUAUGUAAUUGUAUGAUGAAUGGCUGAUGCUGUGAGACUAAUAGAAGAAACUAAUAAAAAGCUAUUCUUGUUUUCAGCUUUUGUUGGAAAGUGUACAUAAGUACACCAGGUUGUUUAUUGUACAUAAACACUUAGAUUAUAGAUGUAUUGUGACAACUAAGUGCCUAAAGUAGCAUGCCACUGGUACCAGCUAUGCUGAAUCAUUCUUGUGCUCAACUAAGCUUUAGUCAAAGUGAAUGUUUGGGUACUUACGGCAGGCAAAAACUGCACAAGCAGAAAUAUACACAUAUUUUUAUUGCAUUUAUCAUUGUAAUUAUUAUAAUUUAGUAUUUGAGCAUCAGCAAUACAACUUUUUUUUUGCCAAGAACCUGAUAAAAUUAAAUUGAAUAAGCAUACAUUUUCAUAUGAAUGUGAAAUUGUGUAAGAUGUUGAUACUUAUAGAUGUUACUUUACCCAACAAAAAGGAUGAUCAAAUAGAUGUGUGGUUAGGAGACAUUAAUGGCUUUGGAAGUAAUAAUGGAGGCCCAACACCAGCAUGAGUGUGAAUUAUAUGUAGAAGUAAAUAGGGAGAAACACUCACUAUUUUCUGUUUGGCCAUUUAUGUACUUACUAUGACUGAAAUAUCUAACAUUACAGAAUAGGAUCAGAUUCAUAUCACAUCCCUAUUUAAGAAUAUAUCCAACAAGGAUAAGCUGUCAGAGCUUGAGAAUAUCAUAUCACCUAUCAUAUCAUAUUGUAUAUGGUGAAAAAAAAUUCUCAUUCCUUAUUCCAUUUCACACUCGCAUGAAGGUGACAGAGGCACCUCAAGGAAAGCGGAGGGAACAAAUACAGAGAAAAGACAGGACCAGAUGAAUAUAUACUGAACCCUCACACACACACACACACACACACACACACACACACACACACACACACACACACACACACACACACACACACACACACACACACACACACACACACACACACACACACACACACACACUAUUGAGUCAGGUAACCCAAGUCAUUAAUGAAUGUUUCUAAGGCAAAUCCACUAAAAUAUUUGGUGACAAAUAUUUGAUAAUGAGAAAGCUGCGUUGUGAUUGUGAAUGAGAUGAGAAAGAAAUGUAGUAUUUGAGGUGAAAACGGUGUUAAGUCCUUGAUGUGUGUGGCUCAGUGUUAUUUGAACAUUCAUCUUAACUGAGGUCAAUAAAAUAUGUGAUGGGUUUGAAAACUUGUUACAUGUGAUAUUUUAUUGAUGUUAGUUUACAAGGUAACAUACAGUGUAAUGACAGCAUGUAUUAAGAGCUCCCUGUGUCUGGAAAAAUACAAAAGAAGCAUGGAAGCCUGAGGUGUUGCACUGUGUGUUUCUGGAUAUGUAUUGUGUCAAAGCUACAAGUGUUCUGAGUGGAGGGAGAAGGAAAUGAUAUAGGGUAAUAUUUAAAUGAUUGUUUUUGGUUCAACACUUUUGGCAUAACAUUUACUUAUUCAUUAAUGUGGAUGUCAUAUUAUAUAAUAGGUAAGACUACAAACAUUCAAAUUAUUUUUGUAGACUGGAUGUAAUUACAAUUUGACAAAAAUUA